CCUGCCCGCCCGGGGCGCCGGCGCAGAGCCGGGCCGGCGCACGAGGCAGCCAGCACGGCCAUGACUGCGGAGAAGACGCUGCCCCUGGGCAAUGGCAAGGCUGCUGAGGAGGCGCGGGAGUCGGAGGCGCUGGCCGGUGGCGACACGGCGUCCGUGCGCGACCUGCGGGACAAGGCGGUACAGGAGCGCGGCCACUGGAACAACAAGGUGGAGUUCGUGCUGAGCGUGGCCGGGGAGAUCAUUGGGCUGGGCAACGUGUGGCGCUUCCCUUACCUGUGCUACAAGAACGGAGGAGGGGCCUUUCUGAUUCCUUACGUGGUGUUCUUCAUCUGCUGUGGAAUCCCAGUGUUCUUCCUGGAGACAGCCCUGGGCCAGUUCACCAGUGAAGGUGGCAUCACGUGUUGGCGGAAAAUCUGCCCUCUAUUUGAAGGCAUUGGCUAUGCCACACAGGUGAUUGAGGCCCACCUCAAUGUGUACUACAUCAUUAUCCUGGCCUGGGCCAUCUUCUACCUGAGCAACUGCUUUACCACUGAGCUGCCCUGGGCCACCUGUGGACAUGAGUGGAACACAGAGCGCUGUGUGGAGUUCCAGAAACUGAACAUGAGCAACCACAGCCAUGUGUCCCUGCAGAAUGCCACCUCCCCGGUCAUGGAGUUCUGGGAGCGCCGGGUCCUGGCCAUCUCUGAUGGGAUCGAGCACAUCGGGAACCUACGCUGGGAGCUGGCCUUGUGUCUCCUGGCAGCUUGGACCAUCUGUUACUUCUGUAUCUGGAAGGGGACCAAGUCCACGGGAAAGGUUGUCUAUGUCACGGCUACAUUCCCUUACAUCAUGCUGCUCACCCUCCUCAUCCGAGGGGUCACGUUGCCGGGGGCUUCUGAAGGUGUCAAGUUCUACCUGUACCCUGACCUCUCACGGCUCUCCGACCCACAGGUCUGGGUGGAUGCUGGCACGCAGAUCUUCUUCUCCUAUGCCAUCUGCCUGGGCUGUCUGACGGCGCUGGGGAGUUACAACAAUUACAACAACAACUGCUACAGGGACUGCAUCAUGCUCUGUUGUCUGAACAGUGGCACCAGCUUUGUGGCCGGCUUUGCCAUCUUUUCCGUCCUGGGCUUCAUGGCAUUCGAGCAGGGCGUCCCCAUCGCCGAGGUGGCCGAGUCAGGCCCCGGCCUGGCCUUCAUCGCCUACCCCAAGGCCGUCACCAUGAUGCCCCUCUCCCCACUGUGGGCCGCCUUAUUCUUCAUGAUGCUCAUCUUCCUGGGCCUGGACAGCCAGUUUGUGUGCGUGGAAAGCCUGGUGACCGCUGUGGUGGACAUGUACCCCAAGGUCUUUCGGAGGGGCUAUCGGCGUGAGCUGCUUAUCCUGGCCCUGUCAAUCGUCUCCUACUUUCUGGGCCUCGUGAUGCUAACAGAGGGCGGUAUGUACGUCUUCCAGCUGUUUGACUCCUACGCUGCCAGUGGGAUGUGCCUUCUCUUCGUGGCCAUCUUCGAGUGCGUCUGCAUUGGCUGGGUGUAUGGAAGCAAUCAGUUCUACGACAACAUCGAAGACAUGAUUGGCUAUCGACCAAUUUCACUCAUUAAGUGGUGCUGGAAGAUUGUGACCCCUGGAAUCUGUGCGGGCAUCUUCAUCUUCUUCCUGGUCAAGUACAAGCCGCUCAAGUACAACAAUGUGUACACCUACCCGGCCUGGGGCUACGGCAUCGGCUGGCUCAUGGCCCUGUCCUCCAUGCUGUGCAUCCCGUUCUGGAUCUUCAUCAAGGUGUGGAACACGGAGGGCUCGCUGCCAGAGAAACUGCAAAAGCUGACGGUCCCCAGCGCUGACCUGAAGAUGCGAGGCAAGCUUGGCUCAGGCCCACGGACGGUGAUGGUUAAUGACUGUGAUGCUAAGCUCAAAGGCGACGGCUCCAUCGGUUCCAUCACCACCAUCACAGAGAAGGAGACGCACUUCUGAGGCACAGCCA